CCAGCGCUGGCUUCUGAGUGGUGUCUCGGUGACACUAGGCAGAGCAACUCCAGCCUCACCAAUUCUGGCUUCUCACCACAGUCUUGAACUUUGGGGUUUCGCACUGUCAGAAGGACUUCUCGGACUUUCUCCUCCAAGUUCUUAGUGGAUCACUCAUUUAGCAGGUCUGCGCAUCGCCAGAAUGAAGCUGGUUUCGGUGGCCCUGGUGUUGCUGGGCGCUGUGGCCUUCCUGGACGCUGACGCAGCGCCGCUCGACCGAGCGCCUGAGCUCCUAAAGAAAUGGAAUAAAUGGGCUGUCAGUCGUGAGAAGAGAGAACUGCCAGUGACCGACAGCAACCCCAUUGGGCUCGCAGACGCGGAGGCCGGGUCUACCCAGACAGACCUUGGGCCUCAGGACUUAAAGAGUGGCUCCGGCAGGCCCCAGCCCAGUGGUCGGGAGGCCAGCCUCACCCGAGUCAAGCGCCACCGCCAGAGCCUCCGAAGCUUUGGCUGCCGCUUCGGGACGUGCACGGUCCAGAAGCUGGCGCACCAGAUCUACAAAUUCACAGACAAGGACAAGGACGGCUUCGCCCCUCAAAGCAAGAUCAGCCCCCACGGCUAUGGGCGCCGGCGGCGUCGUUCCCUGCCAGAAGCCGGACAGGACCGGACUCUGGUGUCUUCCGAGCGACAGGCGCUCGCGGCUCGCGACACCAGGGUGCACCAACUGUUCGCCACCCUCCCGAGGAUUUAGGCUCCUGGACUUCGGCAAGGAAGCAGGCUGAGACUGUCUGUCAGUCCUGCAGAGACUUCGAGUCGAGGACCCACCGUCUGGUCGGAGCCCUGGCUUCGCAGGACCCUUUCCCUUUGAGGGUAAUGGUUUCUUCACUCUGAUCAGGGCCUGAGUCCCUCCUCCCCGGGGCCGGGGAUGGGGCGCAGGAGAAUAGGAGGAGAAAUUGAGACUUAAAUGCUGAGACCCUGGGGCGGGGGUCUGAGCCACUGCCUUGCCCGCCCACGAACCAAUUUCUCACGGGGUGUCACCCCAACCGGGGCGCAAGCCUCAAUAUUAUUACUUGAACUUUCCAAAACCUAGAGAGGAAAAGUGCAAUGCGUGUUGUACGUAUAUAGAGGUAACUAUCAAUAUUUAAGUUUCUUGCUGUCAAGAUUAUUUUGUAACUUCAAAUAUAUAGAGAUAUUUUUGUACGUUAUAUAUUGCAUUAAGGGCAUUUUAGAGCAAUUAUAUCCCCCCACUUAUUUUAAAGACGUGAAUGUCUCAGCGAGGUGUAAUAUUAUUGUUUGGGUUCGUGGAGUUCGUGUGUGUGUGUGUGCGUGUGUGUGUGUGUGCACAAAAUAAAAGUGCACCUGAUUACCCCCUGUGGAAGAAGGGAACAUUGUGUCUGUAUAAUCUAUUUACAUAAAAUGGGUGAUAUGCGAACAGCAAAUAAACUGUCUCAACACUGA